GUCCAGGCGGUGGGGCCGCGUUCCGGAUCCGGCCCCACUCCGUCCCCCUCGGCUAGCCUGCGGCGCAUCUGGCUCCUGGGCGUCUUUCAGCCUGUCCCAGGAGCACAGACAGGAGUCAGGCUUGUUGGAUACGGGUGACUGUUCUGUCACCCUGAGAUCUUCUGGACCCUGACUGGGCAUGCUUUGUCCUUCAUCCACAAGGGGGCCUGGGGUGCUUCCGUCUCCGGACUUUGCACCCACAGCUGAACACCCCUCUGCUGCCCUUUUCUGGGAUGUCGGGACCAAGGCCUGUUGUCCUGAGUGGACCGUCAGGGGCAGGGAAGAGCACCCUGCUCAAGAGACUGCUGCAGGAGCACGGCAGCAUCUUUGGCUUCAGCGUGUCCCACACCACAAGGGACCCGCGGCCUGGAGAAGAGAAUGGCAAAGAUUACUACUUCGUCACCAGGGAGGUGAUGCAGCGGGACAUCGCUGCAGGCGACUUCAUCGAGCACGCCGAGUUCUCGGGGAACCUGUAUGGGACCAGCAAAGCAGCCGUGCGGGCCGUGCAGGCCAUGAACCGCAUAUGCGUGCUAGACGUGGACCUGCAAGGCGUGCGUAACAUUAAGAAGACUGAUCUGCGGCCCAUCUACGUCUUCGUGCAGCCACCCUCACUGGAUGUCCUGGUGGGGGAGCAGCGGCUGCGCCAGCGCAACACAGAGACAGAGGAGAGCCUGGCCAAGCGGCUGGCUGCCGCCCAGGUGGACAUGGAGAGCAGCAAGGAGCAGGGCCUGUUUGACCUGGUCAUCAUCAACGACAAUCUGGAGAAGGCUUAUCGGGCCCUGGAGGAGGCGCUAUCAGAGGAAAUCAAGAAGGCUCAGAGAACCAGCUGCUCCUGAGAAGAAAUGCCAGUGGUGUCCUCCCUGGUGGGGGUGCUGCUCGCCUCUCCUGCUCAGGCUGCCACGGCUGGUGGACCCUGGCCUCUCCCCAUCUCCUGGGAGCUGGGGUGGCCUCCAAUAAAAAACUGCUGGGUUACGGUG